UUACAGAUGCAGCCCCUUGAGCUCUUUACACACACUACAAUAAAAUUCCGCUACAACAAAAUUAAUUUUCUCAUUUCACAGUAAACAUUACAUGUAAAUCAUUAAAUUAUUAUGGAGGUGGCAGUGAAAGAAGCUGGGUUGUCUCUGGGUUGUCUCUGGGUUGUCAUAUUAAGGGUUUUGCAAACAUUGAAUCUUGCUUCGCAAGCAGGAUUGCAUGCUCCCUGUGUCAGUCGCUUGCUUUGUCACGUGAGAAAAGUCAUGGCUUUCUUUCACCGCAGUGCCACAGCAACAGCUGCUGUUCAAAAGAUGCUUGAGAUCGCAUCACAUAAUCUUAUCAUGGAUGUUGUUACACGAUGGAACAGCUCAAUGGAAAUGCUGGAACGCUAUCUCGAGCAACAAGCGGCUAUAUCAUCAGCCCUCUUGAGCACAGAGGUGCGCAAAAAUGCCAGUCAACUCGAUACUCUGGAUAGCGCCGACGUCAGUGAUGCCGAAGAAAUGGUAAACCUUAAACCGCUAAAAAGAAGUCACCACCGUCCUGUCUAAUGAAAAUAGCGCCACCCUGUCACUCAUUGUGCCCUUGAAAUCCACAAUCGAACAGAGCAUGACAAGAAAUACUCUACAACUAUAGCUAACAUGAAGACAGCCAUCCUGCAAAACCUCUCAAGCAGAUACACAGAAGAACAGAAUUAUCUGUUAGAGUACUGCCUUGGACCCCAGAUUUUGAUCAUUGCCCCACUUACUCCCUGAACAACACUUACUUUUGAAGAACAAAUCGAACCAGUUACAGCAGAAAACACAAUGGCCACUUAGAUAACAAGCCGUUGACAAUUCCCAAAGACAUUGACCUUCUGCUGGAGACCAAGUGUAUUGCUGAAGUGGACACACUGGCUCUGCACUACUUCCCUGAGUUCCAGUGGUUGGUGGAUUUUACGGUGGCAGCCACAGUGGUGUAUCUCAUCAAUGAACUGUACUUCUGUGUGGCCGAACCCAGUGGGGAGAUGAACAUUAGUGUGGUGUGGAGUCUGUUGGUCUUGGCCUUUGUCAUGAAGAUCCUUUUCUCCCUCACGGCUCACUACUUCAGACUAGAGGAGGGCGGUGAACGAUCCCUCUGCAUCACCUUUGCCGCUGCCUUCUUUGUGAAAGCCAUGGCUAUUCUUAUUGUCACAGAGAACUACCUGGAAUUUGGCCUUGAGACAGGCUUUGAAAAUUUUUCCAAAAGUGCUGUGCAUUUUCUGGAAAACCAAGGCCUUGAGUCCCAGGGCCCCAUUUCCAAACUGACCUUUAAACUGAUCCUGGCACUGCUUUGCUCUCUCAUUGGAGCAUUCCUUACCUUCCCUGGCCUGCGAUUGGCCCAGAUGCAUCUUGAUGCCCUCACCCUCAACAACUGCAAAAUCACACAGACUUUGCUGCAUAUUAACUUCUUGGCCCCCUUAAUAAUGGUACUGCUGUGGGUGAAGCCAAUAACAAAGGAUUACAUAAGUAAUCCCACAUUUGGGAAAGAUAAUGUGCCUUUAAUGUCUGAGAAGACGUACGACACAUUGCGUCUAUGGGUGAUCCUCCUCCUUUGUGUGCUGAGACUAGCCAUGAUGCGGCACCAUCUGCAGGCCUACCUCAACCUGGCCCAGAAGUGCAUUUUGCAGAUGAAGAAGGAAGCGGGACGCAUUAGCACCGUGGACCUCCAAAAGAUGGUCGCCCGAGUCUUUUACUACCUAUGUGUAAUAGCUCUACAGUACGUUGCACCUCUGGUGAUGCUGUUACAUACUACUUUGCUGCUAAAGACAUUAGGUGGAUAUUCCUGGGUGAUUUACCCCGAAGAGAGUUUGCCCUGUCUAUCAAAUGAGGACUCUAACCCUGCUGAGCUGGGGCAAGCAGAGAUGCAGGCUUCUCAAACUGUGACCCAGUUAGCGGUUGCUCUCGGGGGGCUAAGGACUGUUUUCACCCCCCUUCUCUUUAGAGGGCUCCUGUCCUUCUUCACUUGGUGGAUUGCCGCCUGCCUGUUCUCUACCUCUCUCUUCGGCCUCUUCUACCACCAGUAUCUGAUGGCCGCAUAGCAUCGGGAGGGAUUGGGGCCCACAAGGGUGCGGACUCUUCCAAAUGACCUAUCCAGCACAAGGCCCUGGAACAUUUCCCUUCCUUGCAACCAUAUCAGCAGAGUUUUUUCUGACGGGCUUCCUCAUUAAACUUAAUUUCUCUUUUGAGGAAAAUAUAGUUUAACAUAACAAAUACAAAAAUGUAGAUAGUAAGAAUUCUGUCAUAUUCGUGGGAUUGCUUUGAAGCAUCACUGAAUGAAGGAUAGCCUCUGAAGGAGUUCUCAAAAUGAAGCUGAUUUUAAAGGGAAUGGUACCCGUGAACCAGCAGAUGAUUUUCAAAAGAGUUAAGGGUUUUAAUGGUUUUUAAGAUUUUUUUUUUUUCCAAGUCAUGUUACUUCUCCAAAGUAGAAACUUGACUCUGCUCUAGGGGAGGUUGUCAUUUCUCAUUUGUUAAAGAGAUGGAGAUCCACCCAAAAAUGUAAAUCUUGUCUUAAUUUACUCAACCUCUUGUUGUUCCAAACCUGUAUGACUUCACCAUCACCAUUCACUUUGAUUGCAUCUUUAUACCAUAUAAUGAAAGUGAAUGGUUACUGAGGCUGUCGUUCUGCGGAACAUUUUGUUUUGUAAUCCACAGAGGAAAGAAUGUCAUAAGGGACAGCAUGAGAGUUUGUAAUUGACAGAAUUUGAUCUUUGAAUGAUCUUACCCCUUUUAGGAAGAAACAGUGUUUUAGUCGAUGACAAGUACAUUACGGGGAAUGAUAAGAGGAAAUUAUGUAUUAAAGGUGUAUUCAUUUGUCCAUUUCAGAGGGACUGAAGCCAGCCUUUCCCUUUAGAAGCAUUUAUUUGACUGUAGAAGACUGAGAGCUCAUUUUGAGUGUGUGUGAGAGUGUGUUUGUGUGAGAGAGUGUGUGUGUGUGUGUGUGUGUGUUAACGUGUUAACUUCAGUGCCUGCAGGUUCCGAGUGACCCCUGCUGCUUGUGGGUAUAUAUCUAAAAGGGGCUUUUUCAUCAAGUAAAAAUGCUCACUCACUGUCUAAAGCAGUGGCUUCCCUGUCAAAAUAUUUCGCUUUUAAAUUUCGGGGGGCCAGUAGGAUCAAACAGAUCCUGUAAGCACGCUCCAUGUUUCUGAACAGAGCCUAUUGAUUUUCUGUUAUAGAUCAAUUAGCAGGAUUGGAUUUGUUUUAUGUGAAGGUGCCAAGCUUUUAUUCCCCGGUCCCCUGUGAGUGUCUACUAUACGUCCUGCUGGAAUUCAGAAGCACACUCGCAAAGGCACUCUGUAGUGUACAAGCCAAAGCAGUGGGCUUGAUUACACGGGUAAUGAUAUCUAAAUCAGUUUUGAGAGAUUUCGGCACUACAGUUCCUAAAGACAGCACAGAGGCAUAUCUGAAGUGUUUUUAAGCUGUUUUUUUUUUUCUGUAAGUGUUAAUCUACUGUAAAAGUCUUAUUCUCACCCUUUUAGAAGGUAUGCAGACAAUGAAUGUAUUCAUCCUGCCUGAUUUUUCAAUUGUAGUUAUGGUGCAUUAUUUUUGUACAUUGAUUUUAUGUUGUGAACAAAACCAUUACACUCGGGGGCCCCUAAUAAACAUGGCCAAAUAUGUCGUAACUUUGGUGGUAAAAAAAUCUGUUCAAUUACAAAUCUGAAUUUCUGUUUGUGGUCUUUUAGUGACGUUUGUAUUGCGAGUGUGCGAUAUCAUUAGCAGUACACCUUGACAGUCAAAUGGCGGAAGCAAAUAGUUUUUUUUUAUACCUGUACACAGUCACAACGUUUGAUCGAUCGUCAGAUGGGUGACCAAUAUGGAUUGAAAAAAUUUAACCUUACUAACUAUACCCACUUUUUAAGGUAUUUUCAAUAGCCACCAUGUUUUUUUAACCAUUUCUAAUUCUAAUGCCAAAUAACAAUAUAUUUAGGCUCAGACCUGAUCCAUAUUAAUUUGUUGAGAUGUUAAAGACAAAUCACUUGUUUUUCCGCAGAAAUCUACAGUAUUCUGGUCUUAUGUAGCUGGGAUCUUGUUUUAAAAUCCAUGGCCCUUAAUGAAUCUGUUGGUCUUUAAUGUGUUUUAAGUACUUAUCUUUAUUUAUUAUUUUUCAGUUUGUUUAAUAAAUGAUUAAGGAAAUGUCAUGCCAUUCUUCUUUUUUUUUCCCUUCAUUUUUUGUUCCACAUUUUUGCAUUUACAUUAUUCUUGUUCUUUCAGUGUUUGCAAAACUUGCAGUCAUUUUCCACCUCUAUUUUGUUGAUGUAGCCUAUUAUGGAGUAGGAUUUUUUUUUUUCCUCCCUUAAAAUUCAAAUAGCCUGAAAACUAGAGUUAUCAUGGAGGGAUGUGACAUGCACAAUAGAGAAAAUGAAUUGUCCAGAUUUCACAGUGAAGUAGUGUUCAUCCAUGCGAUGCUGGCGUAAUGCUGUCCUGAGUGCUACUGUUCAUAUGAAAUGGUACAUUGGGCCUCCUCUUCUGGUCACCGCUCUUGGAUUAGUGAGACAAAUUCCAAAACAAACAGUCAAAGAGGCUUCUUUCUUUUCUUGAGAAGUCUCCAUUCACACAAACCAUUUCAUCUGGCACACCAAACGGGGCUUUUGAGGGUCGUUGUGUCCUGUGCCGAACGAGAGAAUCUGUUUGAAAGGUAUCUUUUUAAUGACUGAACAACUGUCUGUGAGUUUCAUUAUUGUUCUCAAAGUUGAGAGUGCCAAAAUAAAUA